CGAUUACGAACAUCAUAUGACGUUUCAACGACGACAAACUCGGUACUGCGAACGUUGGUACAUGUCGUGUAUGUACCUAGCACGAUAGUUUUUGUCAGUAUAAACGAGACGUCUGACGCGAGUGAACGUUCACUGAACGACGCACAGCAAUCCCUGCCUUUCAUUCAGUAUAUGUGAAUGUGUCUGAUUUCGUAGCUUCUUUUUUAACGAUCACGAAUGGUUUUUAAUCGCGCUUGAUGCAUCGCGAUUUAAACUCGCAACGAUCAUGUGUAACAAUAAUUAAGAGCGUCGUGAAAGAGCGAUCUGUGUAGUUGGUUGCGAUAUACCCGUGUCUUUGUCUCUUUCUUUCACUCUGUCUCUCUUUCUCUCUCUCUUAUUCUUUGUCCCCUCCUCUCCUGAACCUCCUGCACAUGCAUGAGCCCCGGCUUGUCGAUUACCGUGUCACCCUGCACUGGCAACGAUCGUCUCACCACCGCGCACGUGUACUCAUCGAGCACCGGCUGUCUCGGACGGUAGAUCCCGUUUACGUCAAACAUGACCAACGAUAAACAGUCGUGGUUUCGCGGCGUUCGAAGCAGCAAAUUCCGGCAUGUUUACGGCGUGCCGGCCAAGAGAGAAAAAUGCUACGACAAUAUCAAGAUCACGAAGAAUGCCCACGAUUCGCAAUUCUGCGCUGUGAAUCCCAAAUUUCUGGCUGUCGUGACGGAGGUUGCAGGUGGUGGAGCGUUCCUGGUGUUACCAUUGGAUCGCACCGGACGUCUCGACUUCAACGCGAGUCGAGUGACUGGUCAUACCGGUCCCGUCUUGGAUAUCAAGUGGAAUCCGUUCAACGACAACAUUAUCGCAUCCUGUUCCGAUGACUGUACUAUCAAGCUGUGGCAUGUACCUGACGGCGGACUCUCGAGAAACUUGACCGAAUGGCUGGUGGAGCUGCAAGGGCACAAGCGACGUGUCGCUUACAUCGAGUGGCAUCCGGUAGCUGAGAAUGUGCUGUUCAGCGCCGGUUUCGAUCAUCUCGUUAUCGUUUGGGAUAUAAACAGAUGCGAGGCGGUGAGCGUGAUCGAUAGGCAUCCCGACGUAAUCUACAGCAUAUCGCUGAAUCGCGACGGCAGCCUACUGGCGACCACUUGCAAGGAUAAGAAACUGCGUGUUUUCGAACCAAGGUCCGGUAUCGUUGUUUCGGAAGGGAUUUGUCAUGCCGGCACCAAAGCGAGCAAAGUGGUAUUCCUUGGUAGCUCCGGACGUCUCUUAACCACUGGAUUUAGUAGACACUCAGACCGACAAUAUGCGAUAUGGAGUCAACACGAUUUGACUGUUCCAUUGAUAUGUGAAACCAUCGAUUCAUCGAGCGGGGUGGUCUUUCCGUUUUACGAUAACGAUACGAAUAUGGUGUUUCUAGCUGGAAAGGGUGAUGGCAAUAUUCGUUACUACGAAGCAGUUAACGAAGCUCCUUGGAUGCAUUACCUUAGUCAAUUUAUAUCCGGCAAUCCUCAGAGAGGAUUGGGAAUUAUGCCAAAAAGAGGGAUCAAUACCGCUAUAUGCGAGGUGUUUAGAUUUUACAAACUGCACGCCACUCGUGGAAUGUGCGAACCAAUCUCGAUGAUAGUACCCAGAAAGAGCGAUCAGUUCCAAGAAGAUCUGUAUCCUGAUACCAUUGGCACGUGCCCCGCGUUAUCCGCCAGAGAUUGGAUCAGCGGUAUGAACAGUCCACCGAUCUUGAUCUCCCUUAAAACAGGUGGUAGCAUCUCUACGCAUAAACCUCGAGUAUACAAGCCACCGCAAUUGCCUCCAACUACCGAUCUGAAUAACAAGAAGAAAUUUGCGUUUCUAUCUACCGAAACCAUACCGGAUUAUAGACCGGUGGAACUGCAUGACAUGUCGGAGAAGAGUCAGAAAACGUCCAGCAAUCAAAGCACAAAAUUUCAGCAGCUCCAGCAAAAGUUUGGAAAUGUUGUUAUACAGAAAAAUAUCAUAUCCUCUCCGCUUAACGACAACAAAGCCAUGGAGACCGUUGAUGUCCCAAACAACGAGGCGGAACUUCGAUUGGCAUUCGCUCGUCAAACCGACGAAUUGAGGCUCGUGCGACGACAGCUUGCCAAUAGUCAAUUGCGCGUUAAAGAAUUAGAGGACCAAGUGAGAAAACUCCAGCGCCAAUAAAACGCUUACGACCAAUAUUUCGCUUCGAUCUCGGCUUCGAGCAAAAUUUUUGCAGCUUUAUUACUAAACGUGAUUAGUGAUUAGUACUUAAAGAUCGUAUUUAUGCACAAUUAACGAUGAAGGGAGAGCCUAAGCUUCCGAGAAUAUUGUACCAACACAUACACACACACACACACACACUGCUUAGGACUUUUAUUCUAUGAUAACAUUUCAUGCAUAAAAAGAAAAGCUAUUAGCAUUGAAACAUUUCAAUGCAACAUUAAUUUUUCAGUUGGUCAGCAUGUUUAUGUAGAGUAACGUUAAUAUAUCGAUCACGAAGAUUUCAAGAAAAUGGGCCAUAUUA